CGUCGAGGUUGCAGGAAAACCUUCGCAGAACAAAGUAGCUGAGCACGCGACAUUUCUUCUUUUCUUUUCUUCUCAAACUCACCUUCACUUCCACCAUCUCCUUAGACUUCAGAUUCCAUCAUUGUCACCCUCGUUCAGUUCCGUUAGACCUUCGGUGUAUUAUUAUUGUUCCACGACCACCAAAUCCGAUUUUGUUGUGAGAUUCAAACAGACAUCAAUCAUCACGAGACCAGUUUCCGUCUUCUCGAGUGUCCGAAAACGAAUCCCAUGUCAAGAUGAUCUCAUCAUACCUCAACCCCAUUCCGUCUCUGCCCAAACCGCCGGGACCGCAUAGAGUCGGAACGACAGAAUUCGAAAUUCCAGUAUCAGAGAUUUCCUCGUCAUCAUCAGUGCCCGAUGAGAAAAUUGUCACCAUCAAAUUCCGAAUUUUCUACCCUACCACAGAAUCAGCGACCUCGAAAUCGUCGGUGCCGUGGCUGCCAAGCCCGCAACGAACCUGGCAACAAGCAUACGCCAGCUUUCUAGGGGCCAACUCACGCGUCUCGUCCUUGGUCUCUUACUUGCCAUUCACCAUCAACUACACUACUCUUCCAGUGUUGGCCGAUGCGCCGCUGUUGCCGAGGAACUCUUCCACACAAUUCCCUCUGGCCAUCUUUUCCCACGGCUUGGGUGGCAAUUUCAACACUUACAGCUCGAUAUGUACGUCUCUGGCCAGCUUCGGCGUGGUUUGUGUCGCCCCAGAACAUCGAGAUGGGAGUGCGCCGACCUCUCUCAUACGUUCUGCGGACGGUUCGACCACCGCGAUUCCAUACCAGAAGCUCGCUCAUAGUCCCACGGCCGAAGUCUUGAAUGCGCGCAAUGCGCAACUCCGGAUCCGUCUGUGGGAGCUUGAACUUCUCUUCAGCGCUGUGACUGGACUUCACAUGGGCAAAGAGUAUACCAACUACGCCAGCUCAAGCACCCACAGGCCUGAGGAGAUGCCUUCUUUCGAGAAGAAGCUCAACCUCCAACCUGGGCAGGUGAGCUGGGUUGGCCACUCUUUUGGUGCCGCCACAAUCGUCCAAUUCAUCAAAUCGGUCUACUACCAUCAAUAUCUACCUUCACUGAAGGACACACCGUACGAGAAUGACAUGGACUGGCGACCUCUGUACAAACCAGCCGCCAAUCAUGAUCUCGUGCGGCAAGUCACACCAGCCUCGCCAAUUGGACUGCUCGACUUAUGGACCAUGCCUCUGCGCGGUGAACUGACCCAGUGGUUGUGGGAAAGACCACUUCCCUGUUAUGACUGCGAAGCCGGUGUAGACGGUGACAAAAUUCCACCAAACGUUGUUGCAAUUGUGACUGCCGAAUUCUACAAGUACACCGAUUUGCUGAACCGGAUGAAGGCCGCCCUGUCGGCAAAUCCAGUCGAGGCGAUGCAAUCGUUCGACUCACGAUCGUCAGUAGUAGCAACAUCCAACGCUUCCACGGAUGAAUCCACGGCGCCUUCAACACCCGACGAAGCUGCACUGGAAUCCGACCUCGGCAUCGAAGAAGCCGGGAUCACCGCGUUCGAUGUCGACGCACAAUCGCCCGCCUCGAGCCGCACCUCAACUCCGAGCAAUGAUUCAAUAUCGGAACGAGACUCGAGCGCGUCCAGUUCCAUGACUUCAUUCGCACCUCUGGUCGAGUCGGACGGCAAUAUCACACCAAAGAUGUUCCUCAUCCCCAACAGUGCGCACCUCUCGCAGUCCGAUUUUGGUGUCCUGUUCCCCCGGUUGACGCGGUACUUGAUGAAGGCCCAAGAGCCGGAGGAGACGCUGAAUCUCAAUGUCCGUGCCGUACUGGCCGUCAUGAGAGGCGCCGGUCUUGACAUCGCCGCACAUCGUCCGGGAGAUGACACCGAAGCUGCAGUUGACACUAUUCUGACGGAUCGAUGCACGGAGAAGAGAUUCAUUCCUAUAUCACUCAGUUCAUGAUUCGGGAAUGUGUCGAAAUGAAAUACUGCUUCUUCCGGUCUGUUUACGACCAUGACGAGUGUGUGAUGACAAGGUGAUUAGCAUUAGAGCGAGUGGCAUUGGAGUUCUUUUGAGUUGGUCUCGAUUUCAGCAUUUGGGUGGUUUUGUUUCGGUCCGGCUUGUAAAUAAAGAAGCAUUGGUCACAAGACAGCGUAUAGCACGGCGCGAGCAUGGCAAAGCACGGAAUAGAAUAGCAUGGCGUAGUGUAGAAACUUGAAUGAUAAAGAGACAACGAUAAUAAUUGUACAAAAUCAGAAUUUGAAACAACAUGGUCCUUUGGCA